CAGGCUGUGGGUUCUGUCACACAGCCCGCCCCCACCACUCCUCCUGCUUCAGCAGACUCAGAAGUCCUCUUGUUCCAGGCUGAAACUCACAAGCUCUCAGGUGCCCUCGGGUCCGAGAUGGAAUGGCCUUGGCUCUUUCUCUACCUCUCUCUACACAUCACAGGUUGCCAGAAAACCCCAGCUUUAUUUCAGACUCCACCACGUAUUGUAGCUCUGAACAACAGUACGAAGGAAAUGGUCUGCGCAAUGAAAAGUGAACAGUUUUCCCAUUUAGGGAUCUACUGGUACCGAUGGAGCAAGGAGAGCCAAGAAUUCCAGUAUAUACUAUUUUCAAACGUUUUGCACAAACACACUCUCGGUGAUGACAUCGACAAAGAAAGGUUUAAUGUGAGUAAAGGAAGCUUUCGGCAGUCAUACACGCUGAAGAUCAGCAAGCUUCGGCCUUUGGAUGCCGGCACAUAUUACUGCGCUGUCUCCCAAUACUCGGAGCUGCUCUUUGGCAAUGGAACGGAGCUUAGCGUGGUCAACUCUUUGCCUUCCACUGAAAAACCUACAGAGAAAACGCUGCCCCCAAAGAAACCUUUGAGGUGCAAACCCUCCGGCAUAACUCCUGCUAAAAUGAAAGGUUCUUCCUGCAGCGGCUUCAUCUGGGCCCCAUUAGCGACAUGUGCUGUUAUUUUACUGCUGUCUCUGGUUAUUGCCAUCCGUCGCUUUCAGCGCCUGCGCAGGAGACUGCGGCUUCACUUCAGCAAACAGGUUCUUAAGUAAGACAAAUGCCUGGAGGAUUCUUCUAUGUUGCACAUCAGAUGGCUACUGUAAAUGCCACAUGAGAUCAACACCUGGAACACAUGAAUCAGGAGGAAUGUUAUGGAAAACAAUCUGAGACUUGAAAUGCAGAGUAGAUAUUUGUUCUCUGGGAUUUACCUGUCAUGUACCACAGCUGUGGUAGUAUUCUCUCACUUACUACAGCAAACAAAUUGUAGGGUCAGGUCCUGCAAAGUACCAACUCCCUCCUGCUGCAUGCCUUCAAUUCCUUCUAAAGUCAUCGGGCUUUGAGGCUGCUCAGCACCUUACAGGAAUAACCGCUGGUUUGCUGUAUGUAUUGUCAUGUCAAUAUUGUGUAAAUCGUGUUUUUGUACAAUGUACUGAAAAAUUCUUCUGAAGAGCGUCAUGGCACUCUAUACAUUCAAUUCCACCUAAUAAAAUAACUUUUGAGCGGAUUUUAGAUUUUUUUUUUUUUCUCUUAAAGCCAAUUGAUUAGAAUUUUAUUGAAUGUACAGGUCACUUUCAGAACAGCCUUUUGACAGGAUCGGUAAUUCACUUAUCUAGGAGGUUGAGUGGCUCUCAAUAUAUUUAUAGAGCUCGGCAAAAUUUUAUGGAUGAAUAGUUUUAUUCACUGAAAAAUGCAGCUUCAGGUCAACCAAAACUAUUCACGAAUGUGGAUCAAAUUUGGCAAACAGUUUCAAGAGGGAAAAAAAUGUUUUUUACAGUCCAAAGGUUUCAUAUUGAUAUUUUCAAAAUGAAAUGUUUUGAGUUUCUGUUUGGAACGAUUUCAUUUAGAACGUUAGGUAGAUUUAUUUGAAAAAGAAAAAAACAAGAGGGUUUAAAAAAACUGAAAUAUGAAACAAAAUGAAGAAAAAUUGCAGGUCAAACAAAAAGUUCAACACAAAAUGAAAUGUAAUUUUUUUCAAGGUUUUCAUUUCAGCUGCCGAACUAAAAAAAAAAAAUUAUUUGCUGAGUUCUAUGUACUUCAUGACCAAGAGUGUUGUUAUAAAAAGUCUUUACCAAUCUAGGACUAGGACCAUCUUUCACCUGAUGUUGCUCAGAGAAUAAAUUCCUAUUGGUAUUACUGUAGCACCAAGUGCCCCAAGCUGAGAUUGGGGUCCCAGGCUAUUUGACACUAUAAAAAUAUAGCAAGAGCUUGUCUAAACACAGUUUUCUACCAUUUUAAUUAGAUAAGGUCCAAACUGGUCUAGUUAAAGUGGUCCAACCCCUUCGUGUGGACGCAGUGAUACUGGCAGGAAGGUACUUAUACCGGUACAGAGUACUCCUGUAAAUGCAGGGUAUUGUACUCUUUCUGUCACAAAUCACAUCCCUAAAUGAGAAAUUUAAAGUGGAAUAAAAACGGUGUAGACCAGGCUUAAGACAGAGUCCCUGCCCUGGAGAGCUUACAGUCUAAUAGACAAGACAGACACAGAGGGCAGGUCACACUGCAGGUUAAUAGCAGAGCCCAAAAUAGACCCCAUGUUUCCUGCCUGCUAGUUUAGUGCCCCCCUGUUUACUAAGCUACACUGCCUCCCUCCAGAAAUGGUCUCUAGUUUCACAUGUGCCCGUGGAUUCUACUCUCCAAACCUGUUAGCAAUACUCUUCUGGCCUAUUAGAACUUAGUGGUUCUCUCCUCCACACACCAUCACCACCAACCGCCUCCUCAAUGAAGUAAGCACAAUAACUUCCAUACUUACUUCUUACACAUAGUGGGUGGGUUGUUUUUUUCAGGAAGUAAUCCCCAGAGCUGUGCCUAGGGUAAUUCUUCUCCAAUGCAAGCAGUAGCCACUGAUGUUUUAACUUGCAUUUAGUCAAACAGAAAGUGAGCCAGUAAACCUCAUUUCCACAUUGUGGGUGGAAAGGAAAGACUCAUACUUGUAUUGGUGGUAGGGAAAAACCUAUGUAAGAUAUUUCACUUUCUUCUGAGUGUAUUGGAUAGACCUAGCCAUCAUCUCACUAGCUCAGGGAUUCCCAUAGUGCUGAUCACCAUAGUAUGUGAGCACCAGUUCUGUGUUAAAUAAAUGCCAAUUUGCCAAAGAGCAUAUUUACUGAAGCUGAAUAUCUCAUCACAGUAUCGCUAAAAGCCCAAUAAAUGUUUGACAUAAUUAA